CGCGGCAUUGAAAAUGUUUCAGUUGUACGGUGCAUUUCCACCAGUUGACAUCAAUCGGAUGCUACCUUUGAAAUAGGAACUUAAACAUAGGAGGUUCGGAAUACUGUUCUGACUGGUUUGCCCAACCGAAUAACGGUUGAUAUUGGAGUAAGCUUAAAGAACUUUUCAGUGUUUGGUGUUUUGUGGAAGUGGACAGUGAAAGUGGUCUUACAUGUGAGAUCUUUUCGUAUCUUGAAUAAUGCUGUUGCCUGUUGCGGUGGCGAGCGGUGUAAAAUGUGUGUGUGUAAACGGAUAAGGUUUCCAGAGCGUUUUUCCGAACCGUUCGGAUUUGUGCGCGGAACAUCUGGUUACGGCAAUUACGGGUGAAACAAAUUAAAUUACACCAUUAGUAGUUGCGGUUACAAAUUAGAUGCAAAUUGAAUAACACUUUUGGCGAAUGCAGUGAAUUUUAGGUGAAGUGGAGGAGGCAAUUACUGAAGGGCACACGUGACUCCCCAGGCCAACAGUGAGAAAUGAGAUCUACCCUCAAAACGAUGCCGACCAGAGCGAAGGCUGUGUAUGGUGGCAUCAGUGCCCUGUGCCAUUCGGCUCUGGUGAUACUGGUGGUGCUUUCCAUCGCCGUAGUGACCGUCAGCAGCAUUCCGACGUCGGUUCUGGCCAACGGAAAGGAAUCCAGCGCUCACGAGGACGAUUCAUCAAUGCAUCAAUCCCGAAAAUCACAUGAUGAAGCAGCUUCGAAUCCCACAGAGAGUCAAAAUCAAAUAUCCGUUCUGCAGAAGCGUGGAGCGAAUCCGUUUAUGUACAACGAUUUGGACUAUUCGGGAAAUUCUAUUCCGCACGGUGGCAUGUGGGAUGACUUGGAAGGACCACUUGCUGGUCAGCUGCCACCCGGAGGGAUGGGUAGAGAAAACCAAGUCAGGAACUACGAUCUGUUAGCAAGCUUACUUAGUGCUCCACCGCCGUUGCUGCCAUCCCAGGUUUUCUAUGGUGAACCAGUUUCGCCUUCCGUGAGCUAUCCGGUGGCGUUCUAUGGAUUGGGUGAUCGGGUCAAACGAAUGAUUGCGACCGGUAGAAACCAGCAUCAUCCAUUAAGAUUAAAGCGCAGUCCGAAUAAGAUGACUCCGGCUGAUGCCCUCUCGUUGCUUGCACUCCUCGAAUCUCGUGAGCCGUAUCCUGCGAUGCUGGACUACCUACCGCCUGCCAACGGGCCCAAUGACGUGCUAUCCUACUCACCGAAUUCUGUCUACCAGAAUGACCGUUCACUAGGCAGCGUCGGUCCAGUGGCACCCUAUAGCGAUGCAGACGGCGACUGGAUGAACACGUGGACUGAGCCGGCUGUCGAUUAUCUCGGGUUCCCGUUGGAUGUUGACACACUUUCUCGACUGGACGGUUACGGCGCCAAGCCAUCCAAAAAUGUGCCCGGAUUCUAUCACCAGAAGCGAUUUAUGAUUACGAAGCGAAAACGCAGCGUAAACCAGAACGCCAAUGACGACUGUAAAAACAAUGGCAAAUCCUGUCUGUUUAAAACACACGUUCAACCGAGUAAAGUUUCAUCGGUUUAAAGCCAUAAACGACCCUGGCAUAUGCACACAAUGGACGCCGACUCAGUUUUUCACGGAUGAUAUAUGUAACUCGAGCACUAAAUUUUGGAAAAUCAGAACCUGCAAGCAAUGGAAAUACAAGCAUGGAAAACGGUUUAAGUGACUAGAUUACCCUAGUAAAUGCUAUUGCAGUGAAUACAUGAAAUAAAAAAAAAAAACAAAAUAAAAAACGGAUUAACGGCAAUCAACAAUCGGAAUAAUGGAAACUGGAAUAUGGAUUUAACAAAAGUCUUUAUAGUUGUCAAACAUUUCAUAGCAGAAAUAUUUCUCCGUAAUUUUGUUAAAAAAUAUUCAUGGGAAUGGAAUCACACAAAAAAAUUCUGAAAUAAAAAAAAAAACAAGAAACUUACAUUACGCAAACAAAUAUUUAAUCGAAUUCGAAUACUAAUGUUUCCCCAAUUUAAAUGAUGUUUAAAAUAAUUCAAUAUGUGUAUAGUAUUUAGUGUAUUAUGGCUAUCAUUGCGAAUGAUUGUAAUAUCAGACACCUUAUCAUAGGCCUUCAGGAGAACGCUCAAGAUCAAAGUUCUUCCUAGUUUUAAGGGCUAUAUCAGACACUUUUGUUGUAUUGUAACUAGCAGUUGAAAAUAAACAUCACAAUGACAAAAUGCGAUAAGAUUUCGGUUCAGAGGUAAAAACUUGAUGCUAGUUAAAUGAAUUACAUUCUAUAUAAUCCAACUAACAACCAUAGUAUAUAUUUAUCACAAACCAAUGCUGAACGUUCAAAAUCCACAAUAAAUAUUAUUCACUAA